AUGCAGAACGAGUGGUUAGACAUAGGAGAUUUUUGCAUUCCACUAGCACUAAAAUGGCGCACCCUAAUUCAUGACUGGUCGCCAGCCUUGCUAAAAUUUUAUCUCAAUGCGUUCCAGAUGACUCUCCCAGAUCAGAGUAAUUUAGUAAGAUGGGGUAAAGGUACCGAAAAAACUUGCUAUAUCUGCGGAAAGGCAGUUGGAACUGCCAAGCAUUUGCUGGUGGGAUGUAAGGUUCUCCUGGACAGCGGUCAAUACUCGCGUCGUCACGAUAGGGUUUUAGAGAUCAUACGUUUUGUGAGAGAGGGCACCAGGGCUAUAAAAUCAAACGUCAAGCCUUACUCUAUCCUUAAAGCGGCUUCGGAUUGGACUAUCAUGAUGGAUACGUAUGAGAAACAAUACAAAAUCCCCGAGGAUAUUUGUGCGUCGGCCUCCAGACCAGACAUAUUUCUAUAUUCGCGUAUUUUAAAGCGCGUUGUGAUGAUAGAGCUUACGGUGCCUUGGGAAACCAACAUCCCCAAAGACCAUGCCACCAAGGUCAAUAAGUAUUACGAGCUCACUAACGAACUAACUCGAAAUAGGUUCGUCGUUGAUUUGUACGCGGUAGAGGUGGGAGCGAGAGGUAUAACAGCUAAAUCUCUCUAUAACCUACUAAAAGACUUGGGCCUGUCCAGAACUAACAUUAAUUCAUUCUUAGAACGUACGUCGAAGGCAGCCCUAGUAGGUUCUUUUCAAAUUUGGUUAGGUAGGGAGAGGAACUUGGACAGUGGAGGUGAGCGUAUAACGCGCGUUAGUUAA